AUGGAAACUGUGAGGAAUGUUUACAACUACUUGCUCGGUCAGGGUCAGAAUACGGCCGUGGACUCGGAUGAGGUUUUCCCGUUGUACUUCCUUGACAACCUGCAGGCCGGGCGGCUUCUCGUCCUAUGCGAGACCUUCAAGUUCAACGAUGUCUUGGGCCCAGAGAAGUUGCAUGAUGGACUCAUAAAGUUGAUCCAACUUGGAGAUUGGAGGAAGUUAGGUGGGCGGCUUCGUAAGAAGUCCGACGGCAAUCUCGAGCUCCAUGUACCAAAACAAUUCACCAAAGAACGGCCGGCAGUCCAAUUUUCCUCGGAGAAAAUCGACAUCGGCAUCGCCGAGCACUCUACUGCUUGGCAGUUUCCCACAGCAACCGAUUCCCCUUCUUUACAUCCUGGGCAGGAGUUUUUCGAGGAAUUUAGUGCGUUAUCGAAAGGGCCAAAGACCUUACAAGACUACCUCCAAAGUGAUCACCCAGUCUUUCGAGUUCAUGUCACCGUAUUCGCUGACGCCACCAUUGUUGCUUUUAUUUGGCCACAUGCGGUGUCUGGCGCUCUGGGGCUGAAGAAUAUUCUGUCGGCCUGGUCUGAGGCGCUCAAGGAUGAAGGAAAUAUCCCAGAGUUGUUGGGCGCUCGAAAGGAUGUACUCGACGGAAUAGGAACUUCGAAAGACUGCACAGCACCAUAUGUUCUUGAUAAUGUUGAGUUAAAGGGCUGGGGGUUUGCCAAAUUCGCAUUUCGGCUGAUGUGGACGGUCAUCUGGCGGCCGAAGGUUGAGGCACGCACAAUAUGCCUUCCUCGCGGCUUUGUCUCCGAUCUACGACAGGCCACGCUGAAGGAGCUCUCAGAAAUUCAAGGAAUUGAUAGUGAUGUUUUCGUUAGCGAGGGCGACGUCUUGACUGCUUGGCUGACAAGAUUCAUUUCUCGGGCACGUGGAGGAACAAGACCUGCGAUUUUGGUCAACCCUCUGGACGUGUCAAGCCGUCUCAAAUCUGCCUUGGCUCCCGGAGGACUGUACGUUCAAAAUAUGGCCGUGGCUUUAUACACUCUUGUCGAAGCCAACAUCUUGAGCAAGAGAUCACUGGGGGAGACGGCUCGUGUGGUGCGUUUGUCCAUACAACAACAAGCCACAGAGGAGCAAAUGCGUUCUCAACUGCGGCACUUUAGAAAACUUGGACCGAACAAAAUGCAGUCGCUUUAUGGGACAUCACACUCCCACUUGGUCGCAUUUUCCAACUGGACGACUUUCAAGAUAUUUGAAGCUAUUGACUUCAGCCCCGCUAUCACUACGCCAUCACCCCAUUCUGCGGGUGGAAAACCGGUGUACAUGCAUUGCCAGUCCUUGAGCAGGGAUUCAUUCAUGAGGGAUGUCUUUGCAAUCACUGGCAAAGAUUUAGACGGUAAUUAUUGGGUCAGUGGUUUCUUAUACCCGGAAGACUGGCAAGCAUUUGAGGAUUACAUGCAGACUACGGAGGAGAGUUCGAGGAUAAAGUUGAAAUCAACGAUAGAAAAUGCCAGCAAACGCCGGUGGUGGACUUCCCCCCAGGAGACCGUUAUACGGCGAAUUCACAUCAUGUCUCCGUCGGACCUCCAAUCCAAGGAGCAUCGCGACUUGCUCGAUAUCAUCGACCAGCUCCGGUCUCAAGGCAUAAAUCGCUAUGUGGAUCUUCCUGAGAUUAUAGUCUGCGGUGACCAGUCCGCUGGGAAAAGCUCUGUCCUUGAAGCCAUCUCGGGCAUGUCAUUCCCAACCAAAGAUCGACUCUGCACUCGGUUUGCCACAGAGCUUAUCCUGCGCCGCGAUACCGACACCAGUGUGAAGAUUUCUAUCUCGCCUGGGCCGGAUCGCCAUCCAGAAGAUAGGGAUCAUUUAUCCAGUUGGCAGCCAGAGGCUGAUAUCGAGAACGACGGACUCAGGGUCGUCAUCGAGGAGGCGAAGGCGAGAAUGGGUCUUCAAGGGACCAAGGUCUUCAGCAGUGAUAUCCUCCGCAUCGAGCUUUGUGGACCGACGCAGCCACAUCUGACCAUGGUUGACCUGCCUGGUCUGUUUAGGUCGGGCAACAAGGAGCAAUCCGAGGACAACGUCGCGCUGGUGAAAGCGCUGGUCACCAGAUACAUGAGUCGGCCGCGAAGCAUCAUCCUGGCCGUGGUUUCUGCCAAAACAGAAUACGUUCUGCAAGAGGUUACCGCACUGGCAAGGAGCGCCGAUCCGCAAGGCCUUCGCACUAUUGGUCUCAUCACAAAGCCAGACACUCUGGACAACGGAUCCGAGAGUCAACGUUCUUGGGUAAAUCUGGCUCUCAACAAGGACGUGGAGUUGAAUCUGGGAUGGCACGUGCUGAAGAACCGCAAUUAUGAAGAAAGAGACUACUCUUCAUUACAACGUGACAUCUCCGAGGAUGAGUUCUUCAGCACGGGCAUAUGGACUUCCAUUGAUCCUAAACACUACGGGGUCAAGAGCCUGAAAUCUCGACUCAGCUCGGUGCUCAAGGACCAGAUUUUGCAACAAUUGCCGGGCUUGAUCAAGGAUGUCGACCAUGGCAUUGAGGAUUGCAAUGUGAAGCUGUCCAAACUCGGGGCCGGUCGGAAAUCUUCCCGAGAGCAAUUGAAGUACCUGUCUCAGCUGAGCCACCAGUUCACCUCCUUGAUGACCUCUGCCGUCAGUGGGACAUACGCCGAUACCUUUUUCGGUAGCAAGAAUGAUUUGAAUGAGCAACGAAAGAGACUUCGAUCUGUUGUGCAGAAUCGGCUGGAAUUGUUCGCUCAAGAUAUGCGGCUGACUGGCGAAAGCCAGGUCAUCGUCGAUGAUAAUGAAGCCUGCUAUGACGACAGACAAAUCACACGGUCUCAGUACGUCGACGACGUCAGGAUGCGGAUGAUGAAAAGCAGAGGGUCCGAGCUUCCGGGACUCUUCAACCCUGCUAUCGUGAGCGAUCUGUUUGCGGAGCAAUGUCAGCCCUGGAAGGGGAUUGUUUCCAGCCUGACAGAAGACAUUGUUGAUGCUGUGUAUCGAACCACACGGUCAAUAGUCGAACACAUUGCAGCCAACGAAGUUAUACGAGAGAUACUAAUCUUACUGAACUCCGAGAUCGAUCAGUUGAAGGUCAGUAUGAACGACAAAGUGAGAGAGUUGCUUCAGGCGCAGUAUGCUCUGCAUUCCAUCACCUACAACCCGCAGCUCAGCGAAAAUGUUCAGAAGGCUCAGUGGGCCCGAAAGAAGCGACACCUGGAGAAGAGAAUCCAAGAAAAGUUUGGUUUUAAAUCGGUUGACGAACCGGGGGAGAAACUCAUCAUUGACGCGCCCCAGAUCGUGGAGCUGUUUCUGGACGAGACUGAGCUGGACAUGAUUCGCUUUGGUAGCUCAAUGGCCGUUGAUUACAUGCAAGCUUAUUACCAGCUUGCGAGAGACAGAUUCAUUGAUGACAUAAGUGUCAUGGCUGUUGAGCGUUGUCUCAUGAACAAACUAACGAGCAUUUUGACACCAAUCAAGGCGGUCGAACUUGAAGACGACGAGCUUCUACGCCUUGUUGGCGAAAGCGAGGAGAGCGUGGAUGAACGGUUGAGACUGACCGAGAAGCUGGAGAUAUUGCAAAAUGGGCUUCGGGACAUCAAGCGGCUGUACACCGACAGAGGUGACAUUGCUCCCGAGAUCCAGGCGGAACAGAGCACUCCUGCAUCUACCAUCAUACAGGUUCAAAGGAGCGCAAGUGUUUCGUCAGAACUCGGAAAAGACGAAGAGGAGGCUGCUCAUUCCCCGCCACCUUCUUCAGCGGGAUCUUCGCGAGGGGAGUUUGUUGGGUAA